AUGAAGUUCCUCACCCUCGCCGUGCCCGCUACCCUUGUCAUGGGCGUAGUGGCAAUGCCGGUUCCUUCCACAAGCAAAGCGGCGCGUCUUUCAGGCGAGAACCUCCUCGACGGACUAGCCAACGAUGGUGGACUCUCUGGGUUCUUGUCUGGCGUGCACCUGCCGUUUUUGAAUCCUAGUCCAAAGAAGGAUACUCAGGAUCCCAGUGAUGAGGAUCCUGAUGAUGUUCCGGCUCGUGAUGAUAAGGGACCUGGUGCUGAUGAGGAUAGUGGUCCUGCUGAAGCGACUGCUCCUGCGAAUUAUGAUACCAGGAGUAUUGAUGAUGGACCCGGUUCUUUUGAUGUUGCCGUAGGGGCUGCUCCUUAUAACCCCGGGCGUGGUAGUGGUGGUAGUGGAGAUCCUGUGUCUUUGGAUGUUGCUGUAGGGGCGGCUCCCAACCGAAAUGGUCCGGCUGAUGGGGUUGAUGAUGAUAAUAACGGGGAUGGCCCGGCUGAUGCUAUCUAUGGGCCUGAGGAUACGGCGGGUGUUGGAGCUGGAGUGCAGGAUGGGACUGAAACACACUAGAGUUGGG